AUGGAGGCCAAGGUCCGGCCGAGCCGGCGCUCGCGCGCCCAGCGGGAUCGCGGCCGGCGCCGGGAGGCCGCCCGCGACGCCCGAGCGCAGAGCCCGUCGUCGGGCGACGAGCCCGAGCCCAGCCCGGGCAAGGAGAACGCCGGCCUGCGCGGCGCGCCGCCUCCGCGCCCCCCGCGCCGCCGCCGCCGCGAAUCCAGCUCUCAGGAGGAGGAGGUCAUCGACGGUUUCGCCAUCGCCAGCUUCAGCACGCUGGAGGCGCUGGAGAAGGAUAUGGCCCUGAAGCCACAUGAGCGGAAGGAGAAAUGGGAACGUCGUCUCAAGAAGCCCCGGGAGUCGGAAAACUGCCCAUCCUCAGAGCCCAGUGUGAGCAGGCAGCCCCUGGAAGCUGGUAGCCCUGGGCAGGACCUGGAGCCUGCCUGUGACGGAGGGGCCAGAAAGGUCCCACUACAGCCCUCCAAGCAGGUGUGCUCCCCAGAAGGGGGGCCGCUCCCAGUCAACCCCUGGCACCAGAACGGCCCGGCCCAGCACCAGCAGCAGCACCAGCCCAGCCAGCCCAGCCAGCCCCAGGGGCCCCUCCCAGCCCCGUGUCAGCGCUGCCAGCCCCGUCGGGCAUCCCCGGACCCCGGGCAGUCCUGCCAGCCCCAGCGGCCACCCCCAGCUCCGCGCAGCCAGCCCCAGCGGUCACUUCUGGGUCUGAGACGGCCCUGCCGGCCCCGGAGGUCACUUCUGGGCCCCAGUCAGCACCGCCAGCCCCAGCAGCUGCUUCCGGUCCCAGAUCAGCUCUGCCAGGCCCAGCGGCCUCGCCUGGCCCAGCCCCACAGGCCACUUUGGGCAUUCCCAGCCCCCCGGCAGCGCUGCCAGCGCCUGAGGUCCUUUCUGGCCCCGUGGCACCGCUGCCGGCCCCUGCGGUCCCUCCUGGCCCCAUGUCACCUCUGCCGGCCCCUGCGGUCCCUCCUGGCCCCAUGUCACCUCUGCCGGCCCCUGCGGUCCCUCCUGGCCCCAUGUCACCGCUGCCGGCCCCUGCGGUCCCUCCUGGCCCCAUGUCACCUCUGCCGGCCCCUGCGGUCCCUCCUGGCCCCAUGUCACCNCUGCCGGCCCCUGCGGUCCCUCCUGGCCCCAUGUCACCGCUGCCGGCCCCUGCGGUCCCUCCUGGCCCCAUGUCACCGCUGCCGGCCCCUGCAGUCCCUGUGGCACUGCUGCCGGCCCCUGCGCUCAUGGACCACUCCUUGUCUCCCCGGCCAGCCCCGUAGGGCUUCUGCUGGACAGUGCUGCCGUGCGCUGCGGUCCCUGCUAGCCUACUGCCCGAGCUGCCAGCCCCCACGGUCGCUCCUCAGCCUGCGACCGCGCCGCCGGCCCCCCAGCUCCCUCUCUUGCCAGUGCUGUUGUCCCCGGCGGGCACUGCUAGCCCCGUGUCAGCACAGCCAACCCCGAAAGUCUCUCCUGGGCCAGCCUAGCCGGCCCCAGCAGUCGCUGCUGGGCCUCAGGCAGCCCCAGCAAUUAGCUAAAGCCCCAGAACAAACUGGCCCCCCCAAGCCUGCCCUGCUGGGCCCUGGACAGUCGCAGCAGCCGAAGCGGCCACUCAUGGGCCCAGAGCAGCCCCGCCUGUCCAAGCGGCCCCUCAUGGGCCCAGAGAAGCCCUGCCAGCCCCUGCGAUCCCUUCUGGGUCCAAGCCAGCCUUGCAAACCCCAGCCGUUACUUCCCAUCCCAGAGCGCCCCUCACUUCUGGGGCAGCCAGGCCCACCCCGCCGGCCUCUCCUGGGGUCCCUCAGCCAGCCGAGGCGGUCCUUGUUGGAUCUGGUGCCACCCCGUCAGCCCCAGGUCUCGCUCCUGGCCCUGGGCCGUCCCUGCCAGGCCCUGAGGUCACGGUGGACCCGAUCCUCUGCCCCAGGUGUGGCCCGCCAGGCCCCAUCUGUGAGCCCUGGAGCCUGAUGCACACAGGUACCCUCUGGAUGUUUGUUGGCUACCCGUGGGGUGUGUGAGCGGGGCCCUCGGGACUGCUGGACUGGUCCGAGGCCUUCUCCAGACACGGCCUGGCUGAUUGCUGUUGAAAACUGAGGCUUGGCCAGGGGCCGGGGUCCCUACUGUGCCAUGACCAGGCCCGGGCCCAUCGUGCCAGGAGGAAGGAGAUGAACCUGGUGUCUUCUCACCACUCCACGUGCCCUCCCCUUCUGGUGUCAUGUGACCCCCAGUGUGUGCCGCUCUGUGAUGUACACGACCUUGGGAGAGGGCACAUAGCCCUUAGGUCUGGAGCCCGCUGGGACCUCAGUGUCUCUGUGCCUCUAAAUUGCCAAUGCUGUCUCUUCAAUCUCCGAGUCUCCGUGCACGUGUGCAGUUGUGUGGGUGUGCGUGUGUCUGUGUUGUGCAGGAAGGCAUGGAUGUGUCCCUGUGCAUGGUGCCUGCCUGGGCCCGUGUGACAGUGCCAGCCCAGGCCUUGCUGGCCUUAGGCCUGUCUGGCUGCUGUGCUUUCCCUGCCCCAGUGGCAUGACCUGGUGGCCAACAUGUAGGUCUGACUGGCCAGGCUGUGGCACCUGCUCCCGUCCUCUGAGGUCAGCUGAUGGGGGUACUCAGGCUGCAGGAGGGAUACAUGGGUAGUGGCCCUGGGCCUGCCACCCUACCGCUCAGGGCUCUCCCUCCACCUCCUUGGGGUCGUUGAGAGGCCAGCUCUCGAGGCCUGCAGACCAGGGAGCUACAGGGUGCGGGGCUCCAGGGCAGGCCUGGAGAGCCCUCCCGUCCUUCUCUGCUCCCUUCAAAGGGCACAGUUCUACCUGCUGGCUGCACUGUAGGGCUGUCCUUGGGCCCCCCACCGCCACCCCAGGCCUGCCUCAGGGCAGCCCUACACGCAGGUCUCCAGAAGCCCUGGCAAGAAUGGGCCCAGCAGGGGAACCAGUGCUAGGGGGAGAAAGGAGCUCACGCCACCUGAGGGUCCUGGGGCUGUAAGUGGGCUGGAGGCCCAGCCCUGCUCCAGUCUGGUGCCCCACAGGCACGGCCUCACCUGGGUGCUUUCCCACCUGGGUUCCAGCCUUGCAUGGGGAAGGGGGACCAAGGACACCUCCCCUCUCUCCUUCAGGUCGUGGCAGGCUACUGACCCAGUCUGUCAGCUCUAGGCCACCUGAUGCUUCCCACUCAACCUGGCAGCUGUGAGCCCCUCCCCAGUGCUUACGUAAGGCCACCUUCUAAAACUUUGGGGCUUAUUUUUCUGAUUAAAGGAAAUAAAAAAUGCCACAACAUUAA